UGAAAUGUAGGAGACCCAGUGGGCAGAGAGUCACAGGGAAGGAAGACAAAGAGGAAGAAGGGAAGAGGAGGAGAGUGGUGAGCUGAGAGCCAGGCCUAGACGAGGGGUGUUCAGCCCACAAUCUGAGAUACUACCAAUAAGUGAGAAUGUUUUUAAAAAAACGUCCUGCUCUUCAAAAUAACGUGCAAAGAGAAUGCAAUGGUGAGGCCACAACAAAUACAUACUUACAUUAUUUACGAGGUUGAAAAAACUAGGCUGAUCUGCCAAGUGUCACCACAAAAUCCAAGACAGUCUUAAUAUUCUAAAAUAAUGUGAUAAAGACAUAGAAAACAAAUCCUCAAGAUCCUUUCACAUGAAGACAUAAAAAGGAGCAACAAAAUGUUGUCAAAACAAAUAACAGAGCAAAUGGCAGUGCAAGCUACAAGCAGAAACAUACACAACUUGCACAGAGCCAUGGGAGCCAAGAUGGUCUCUUUAGACAUUUGGGAACACACAGCAACCAGAGAAGAGUCAUCUUCAUUUUUAACAGGGUCCUCACUAUAAUCAACUAGUCUACAAACUACCAAUUCUAAAAGAUAAAGCCUUCGGGCAGCCUCAAGCACUAUUUUAAAACUAAAAUAACCAUAAAGAUGGAGGAAAUAAUGCACUGAUUGUGCUCAUAGCCGAUACUAUUAAUUUCCCACGACUGAGUUGGAAGAAAAACAUUAUUUUAAGAUUAAGUCAAUCACUUUAAAUUUGUGGGACUGGAACAGGUAACUAUCUUAAUCUUACCCUGAACUUUAAUUAUUUUCAAGGUUGAAGAGAAAGCAAAUGAGAAAAGACGCUGCUGUUUUUUUAAAACUCAGAACCUUAACUUUUCAUUGGAAUUAAGUCCGCGGCGUUUUAAACACAAUGACUGGGCAGUAUCCCUGACAACUGAAUUAAGAGCCACUGGGAGGGGCCUGGCCCUCAGGGCUUUUCUAAAGCUAGAUAUGCUCACGUGUGGGCAGGGGUGAGAGACGCAGGUCUGGAGAACUACUUCCCACAAAGGUUUGGUAUUGUUAUUACUUCUCAAAUAUUCAGUCAAACUACUGAUUCUUUGAGAAGAAAAAGAAAAGCUUGUCUUGACUAUCCAGAGUAUCCUCACUAAGAAAAACACACUAAGGGAAUCACAUGUAAUUUUUUCUUAAAAACAGAUAAAUAAAAACAUUUUAAAGAAAACAGAUGGGACUGCUAAGUCACUGGCCAGCUACUCUGCAGUCCCUCAUGGACUUGCCAUGAGUGAGAAGCACAUGUUUAUAUGUAAAGCUACAGAGAUGUCAGAGUUCAUCUGCUUCCACAGCUUAAUCCAGACUACCACUGACAGGAACGACUCAUUAUAAUGAGACCUAAAAAUACAUUCUGUUCUAAAUGGGGGCAGGGCAGGGCUGAGUGUAUAAGGGUUUCAAAAAUCACAAUAUUCUGGGCCUGAAUCCCACAUUCCUGCUACUUACUCAUAUUAUGGACCUUAGUCAAGUUAUUUAACUUCUCUGGAGCUUAGUUUUCUCACCUGUAAAAUUAGGAUUUCUGUUAUCUCAUAGGCUUGUUUUAAGAAUUAAAUACCUCAACAGUACUUAGCAUAUAGGAAGCAGUUUAUAAAUGGUAGAUAUUAUUAUUACAUCAAGAUUAUAAAACUAGAGUUGCAAAAUUACUUAAAAUGACAGUCUCUUAAAAAAGGACAAAAUUAUGCUUUUAAUCAUGUAAAGGUAAUGUAUUAUUGUUAUUUUAUAUACUCAAAAUCAGCUUCUGAAUUCAUUCAACAAAUAUUUAUCAUACUUCUCCAAUAAGCCAAGCACCAUUCCUGGCACAGGAGAAUUGGCAAUUACCAAGACAGAAAUCCUUGCCCUUGUGCCGUUUACAUUCUAGAGGUCUUCAGCCAGAGUAAGCAGUAGAGGGGCUCAGAUGGUAGGAUACUUGAUUUAUUCUGAAGUUUAGAAACAAAAGGAUUGGUUGAUUGAAUGGCUCUUGGGUAUGGAAUCAAGGAUGUUUUUAAGAUCCAGGGUCUACCAAUGGCAGGAUGAGUUUGCCGUUAAUGGACACUGGGAAACUGGGGAGAACUGGUGUGGGGAAAGUCAAGAGCUCAGUUCUGUCCCUGAUAGGUCUGAGAUGUCUAUCAGUGAUAUCACAUUGGCAGCUUGGACAUAUUCGGUUGGAUGUUUAAAAUUUUACAACUGUAAGAUGCUACGGAAAAGCCCGAACGAACAUUUUGGCCAGCCCAAUACAAAACUUGGGUGUUUAGGGGGGAGGGCUGGAGAAGAGACGUAAACUAAGGUAAAGAUAAACGAAGAGUUAUCUAGGGAAGUCUCUGGACUUAAAAGAUUUAAUUCUCUUUAAUAUCGCUUUAAUUGGAAGUAGAUAAUAAUGUCAAUGAAUUAUAUUUCUCUAUACACCUCUACUUUCUAGCUCCUUUCUUAUACAAGAAAUUCUGCCUUGGGUUAAAAGCCUGUAGUUAAUAAAAGUUCUUUGCAUUUCAGAAGUUUGCCUUUUUAAAACAGGCAAACUAAUACAAACUUAUCUUCUAAUACAUUAGAAGUUUGUAUUCUUCUCAUACAAACUUCUAAUGUAUUAGAAGAUAAGUGUUCUCAUCAAGGCAGAAAAAUAAUCAAAAAGGUUUUGAAAAUAGCAAUGUACAUUAAAGCAUGCUUAACCCAUUUAUCCUCAGCAAGCUGCAUUAUGCUGGAGGUCAGAGCUGGGAGCAGACUGGUCCCUCCACCAGCCACCAGUCAGCCUCAGCACAGCUCAAAAAAAUGAGAUGGGGAACCCGGUAUUUAUCUCCUGGCACCACCAGCAGUUUUCCCACUCGGGUUUCUAGUUGCUCUUCAUUUGCUACUUGCAAGUUAACCUGUUGGAGCUUUGGCGCUAAUAUUCAGAAGCUGUGAACUGAGCCUCAGGUAUGUGGCUCCUCUUCACCAUGUCUUACUGGGGUUCAUCUGAAGACAACUGACAGAAGACAGUUAAGUCACUGAAGGCUACUGACAAAAGGUAUGGAAAACGAGAAGCUUCCACAAUGCUUCAGGACCUAAAUAUAGAUCUUCAAGUAUAACUCGGUUUGAACUGUACAUUGUAAAUCUGUUUCUAAAUACUAGAUUUGAUAUAAAUAAAUCUUGUCUGGAAAACUGAUUUUACAUUUUAACGAAAUCCAGUUCAGAAUUUCUUUGGGAAAUAGCUCAUAAAUUUAACACUAUAGGUUCUGUUCUACACGCAACAGAUUUUGGAACCACGAGAGAGUUCUCAUUUACAACUGUUUUCCAUGCUUACUUUCACAGCAUUUCACCACCAUCACCACCACCACCACCACCACCGAAACAAAGUAUGCCUUUAUUCUCUACGAGACAGAAAUCUGAGAGAACAGGCCACAAACUGUACCAUGCUUGUGGCUGGAGGGGGAAAAAAAAAAAAAAAAAAGAUUUCACAGCAAUAUAGCUAAGAUGCCAGUAUAUUUUUAUAAAGGGAAAAGAGUGAUCUUCAUUUUGGAGAACGAAUUCUUUCUGCAUAAGUUCUCCAUGCAGAAGAAAGCACUUAGAGUCCAACAAUCAAUAGUAAGUGAGCACUAUGCUAAGUGAAUGCAGUGUCAUUGUUCACGCUGAUUUUGGCCAUCUGUAAUUUAUCACUGACAGCACUUGUUAAGUAAGAUGAACAAGCUGUCUCCAAGUCUGAAUUACACUGGAAUUUAUAAAAGGUAUUGGUUAAUGGCAAGAAAAGAGUUAUAACUGGGAAGCUGAGCAGAGACUGAUCAACACACAAAGGUUACUCAACCAAAGGAAAAAAAAAGGAAGGAGAUGCUCGUGGGGAAUGCUAACGGCAGUCUUGCUCUUGAAGAACGCCUUAAGCCGAAAAUGGUCCGGGAAGGCAGUAAUUGAGUGAGCUGGCUGGAGUCUGAAAUGCUAAAACCCAAACCUGAAAACAGCUAUUAUGAAACUAUAAACACGUGCUUCAUUUUUUUUUUCUAGAAACUAACUUUCGUUCUAUUUUGGUCUCAGAUAUGAAAAGAAAUUUGGAAAACAGAAAAAGAAUGAACUGUAGGAUGGCAGGCAAAGCCAAGGCACUUUGAUGCCUAUAGUGCAACUGACUCUAAGAAUUCAAAAUCUCAGGGAAAUCUCCUGAAACUAUAGAAUUUACAUUUUAAGAUUAUGAACAAAAAUAGAACAAUGGAAUUCAGAUAGCCCAGGAUUUAACCUCUUAGGGAAUCAAUGUUAUAACUACAUUAAACUAUACAACUGUAUUAAAAGUAACACAGGCAUGGAUUCACAUUACUGCAGGUAUUUCACAAAAGCCAGGCAUCAACCUCCUUGGUGAGUCUCUGAAGCUACACCAUUUGCUCAUUUGCUCUAUUAAUUCCCACUGGAGUCUUUUUUUUUCUGUGUGAGAAAGGGAGUGAGUGAGGGGAUGGUUAACGGAGCUUUGUCUCUAGAUGUAGCAUUCUCCCUGCUUCCCACAGGAAGGACACAGGAGGAUUUCACCCGGAAUUACUGUGGUAAAGGGGGACAAGGGUGCAGGGUGCAGUGAGGUGGGAAGAGGUGGGGAAGUGGGCACUGCCGAUCUUGCCGCUGAGGUCUGUGUGGUAUGGGGUGAUCUACUACCUAAGUGUCCUAAUCUGAAACAACGCUGAUGGCCAAGAUUACAUCUAUGGUUUCUUUCAGCUCUAAGUUCCUAUGAAAACAAAUGAAAUCGGCCUAAGGAAGGAAGAGAAAAAAAAAUCCAGAUGUCACUAAAUAUCAAUUGUCACGUGACAAUAUAAAUUUUAGAAAUACUAAUAACAAUGUCAAUUGUAAUUUACUGAGUACUUUCUAUGGGUUAGACAUUGUUCUACACCCUUUAAAAUUCUUUCAUGUAUAUAACUCCAUGAUAUAGAUACUAUAAUCCUCCCUGCUUUCCAGAAGAGAAUACUGAGGCACAGAGAGGUUCUGGAAAGCCAAGAUUUGACCCAAGUGCUUUAGAUUCAGAGCUCGUACUGCCUUUUGUGACAAAUAUAUGAAUCAUGAUAGAGCCAUUCUAAUACAUCACUCAAAAAUUAAUUCAGAAACACAAAAAGGUCAAUAUUGCUGUAUUUCAGAAACCAUUAUAUUUUCCUCAAAGAAGGCAGUAAGUAUUGCCUGAUUAAAACACAGCAUGUCACAAAGGAAGUGCUAUCUUUUCCCUCUUAUUAAACGGGAGGGAGGGAGGGAAGGAAGGGAGGAAGGAAAAAAGUGUAAAUUAAUUUUGAAUCUCUCUCAUACAAAUAAUGAUGUGGUUACUUCUGGUAUGUAUUUGCAAGAUUCAAUGUCACGACUUCUGAAUCGUUUUGAAUAACCGGUUUUGCAGCAGACUACUUCAUUUGGGUCAGGGAACGAUUCUGGUCCCAACUAGAAAGGAUCUCACACAUUCUCCUAAGCAAAAGACAGUGGCUUAAUUGUUUCAGUUUUGAGUAACCUGUACCUGAAGGGAAACAACUGCUCACCUAGAUAAGGAUUUUGCAAGCUGGAAAUUAGAGAUAAUCAUGCCAGUGACUUUGAUUUCUUUUACUACUUUCUUUUCCUUCUUAAACAAUUCACCUGGGCUAUGUGAAUGACACAUGGAGAGUGUUUGAUACAUUUUUUAAAAUAAAAUCAUUUUUUGAACGCUUCAAACUUUUCUAAUAUAUAUUUAUAAAUCAUUUUUAACAGGUGGGUUUAAACUAUUCUUCCUUAUUACCUAUAGAGUAUUUUAACUAGAAAUAAGUUUUUAAAACCUGUAAUACUAUUAAAAUUCUAUAUCAGAUAUCCUACAGCUGGUGUUCCAUGUCUAAAUCUCCUAACAAGGCACACAGACAACUUCAGCAGAGUUUAAAUUUUAAAUAAAAGAACAAAGUGGACAGCACUCUCCUUUAUGCCAUGUAUCAAGCACCACCCAACCAAAAUCACUCAGGACAAUGGCAGCCUCUGUGGGCCGGGUGUGAGCUUUUCUCUUGGGAAGCAGUGUCCUCAUCCACUGCUGGGACCUAUUCAGAUGGGUUCUCAGCUCCCACUGUACACAGAAGUCUUUUUGUUUUUUCUUUCUUUCAACCCUGAUUUUGUCUUCUUUCCCCAGCCUUUUGUUACUUGGUUCUCUACCGUACAGAAAUAGCUACAAUUCUGACCGAGAGCCAUCAGGAUUUUCUAGGAGGACAAAGGUAACGGUGACGUUAUGACCUCGACGGGUCUCCAGCUCCUUGCUUUUGCCCUGGCCUUAUCUGGGGUCUCUGGAGUGCUCACGGCCACCCUGCUGCCCAACUGGAAGGUGAAUGUGGAUGCGGGCUCCAACAUCAUCACAGCCAUCGUGCAGCUGCAAGGGCUGUGGAUGGACUGCACGUGGCACAGCACCGGGAUGUUCAGCUGCACCUUGAAGUACUCCGUCCUGGCCCUCCCCACCCACGUGCAGGCCGCUCGGGCUGCCAUGGUCCUGGCCUGUGUCCUGUCUGCUGUGGGGAUCUGCACUUCCACAAUCGGGAUGAAAUGCACUCGCUUAGGAGGGGACAGGGAAACCAAGAGUUACGCCUGUUUUGCUGGGGGAGUCUGUUUCAUGUCUGCGGGGAUCUCUGGUUUAAUACCGACGGUGUGGUACACGAAGGAGAUCAUAGCAAACUUUGUGGAUGUGACAGUUCCAGAAAGCAACAAACAUGAACCCGGAGGAGCUGUCUACAUUGGAUUCAUUUCGGCCAUGCUGCUGCUUAUCUCUGGCAUGAUUUUCUGCAUAUCCUCUACAAAAAAGAAUUCGGAAGCUUGGCUCCACCCAUCCAAGGAGCAGCACGUCUCUACCACUCAGCCAGAGGACCAUUCAGCAUACUGCCUGAAGGAUUAUGUGUGAAUAACUGUGUGAUGCACAUGACUUAGGUGCCUGCUGUGAUUUCUGUAUUUUAGAUUAAAUACAAGAAUUGUGCUUACCUUUCUCUACAAAGAAUGUAAAAUACUUAAAAAAUGAAGUUGUUCAAAAUGCCAACAAACUUCAUGUACAAUUGUAUCUGUUAUAGAUGAUUUUUCCAUUAUUGUUGUCAUGUUUUAUCUGAAGGUUUAUAAUGGAAAGAGGUUCUGAUUAUAUCAAUAAGGCAAUGAACUGAUGGCUUUUUUUUUUCCUUUUUAAGAUAAAUUGUUGAUACAUCUUCCUAACUGGUACUUCAUUGGAUUUUAUAAAAGAACCCCAUUGCCAAGUAUAAAGAGCACCUUGUCCUGGUGUUAACUCAGGACACCCUCUGCUUUUGCUCCCUCUCCUCGGCAACCCCCCCGUCACCUGCUUCUGUUCUCAAGCCCCUCUACAGGCCUGCACCCCACGAUGCACAGAGGGGCUGCCCGCCUCCUUCACAGGAUGCCCAAGCCAGCCACCCCAAGUCCCCACCUACUGUCACCUCCCCGGCUCUGUUGACAUUUUAGGAAAAAUAUCUCCAUAUAAUAUGGCAUUCAAAGAUUAGGCAGAAAUAAAGAAAAGAAAUUGGUAAAUGCAAAGCAAAACCAAACCAAACCCAAACUGAAAUCUCUAGGACUUGUAAAGCAUCAAGUACAAGCUAAGCGAAAACAAGAAGUUUGUUUUAAAAUGGCUUAAGAACUGCCCUGUUCUGGCUGCUAAAAAGAGGAUUCUCCAGAUUAAGUUCAUUUACCUCUAUGAUUUUUGAUUUACCCCUAUCAUUUAAUAUUGCACUGAUUAGUAUCUGGAUGAUAAAGGUUACUUUCAAGUUGUCAUUUUUUUUUCUUUUAGGUUUGAAUCAUGUUAACAAAAAUGUUUUUAUAAAUGAGCUGCUUCAAUUGGUUAAUGGAGGUGAAAAGAAUUCUUAAAGAAUAAAGGACGCUUUAAAAGAUGUUAAAUUAUGAUAUGUAAUUCAAACACUUUAUAAGAAAAUAAAAAUUGAAUUUUCUAAUGUGCAAAGGUAACGUUGUACACUGUUGUUUCUAACAAUUUGUUUAUUUACACUUAGGUAUUGUCCAUAAUACAGUGGUAAAGGGGAAAAAGGCUACUUCAUUGUACAUUAAUAACUCAUGAAGUGGGAAGUUAUCUUUUAUGUGAGUAAAUAAUUUUGAAUUGUGCAUACAGACAUACAGACUAAAAUAUAUAUAUAUAUUUUUUUGUGGUAUGCGGGCCUCCCUCUGUUGUGGCCCCUCCCGUUGGGGAGCACAGGCUCCGGACGCGCAGGCUCAGCGGCCAUGGCUCACGGGCCCAGCCGCUCCGCGGCUUGUGGGAUCCUCCCAGACCGGGGCGCGAACCCGGUUCCCCUGCAUCGGAAGGCGGACACGCAACCACUGUGCCACCAGGGAAGCCCCCAGACUAAAAUAUUUUAUACCUAUUUUAUUUGGUAGAUCAUUCUCUUCUGUACCAUCAUCAUUACAUAUUAACAGAAUAGCUAAAAUAAAGGUACGAUUUCACAUGGGAAUUAGGAAGGCCCUGAAGUCCAGUAUACACUCCUGGACUUCCCUGGUGGCGCAGUGGUUAAGAAUCCACCUGCCAAUGCAGGGGACACGGGUCUGAGCCCUGGUCCGGGAGGAUCCCACAUGCCGCAGACCAACUAAGCCCGUGCGCCACAACUACUGAGCCCGUGCGCCACAACUACUGAGCCCGUGCGCCACAACUACUGAGCCCGUGUGCUACAACUACUGAAGCCCUAGAGACCGUGCUCUGCAACGAGAAGCCACUGCAAAGAGAAGCCCGCGCACUGCAAUGAA